ACGUCUCUCUAGCCCCUCCCUGCUGCUCUUGCUCUAGAACCCCGCGCCGUUGAAGGGACCCGGUGCAGGCCCGGGCGCACCGUUGGCCCUGCGGAAGCCCGAGGACAUCGGGUCAGCUGGGGAGAGCGGCCGAGGGGAGCAAAGCCUGCCCUGCAUGCCCAGAGAGUAGAAGUGGAAGGAGGCAGAGUUACGUGAGGGAGCGCGGGGUGAGUGAGCUUGGGUCCGACAGCCGGGCCGCCGAGCCGGCGUUUACACGCGCUCUGAGGAUAGACCCGACACAGGGACAGAUCGAGCAAGGAACCAUGGCCUCACCAUUCCUGCCCGCGGGGGCCACCACAGGCGACAGCGGUGGAGAGCUGAGCUCAGUGGACGACUCCAGUGAUGUGGAAUCCCCCCAGAGCCCCGAGACCGAGGCGUCCAGGAGCCUGACAGAGCUGUUUGAAAAGGCUGCCGCGCACCUCCAAGGCCUGAUACAGGUAGCCAGCAGGGAGCAGCUCUUGUACCUGUAUGCCAGGUACAAGCAGGUCAAAGUUGGAAAUUGCAAUACUCCUAAACCAAGCUUCUUUGAUUUUGAAGGAAAGCAAAAGUGGGAAGCAUGGAAAGCACUUGGUGACUUAAGCCCCAGCCAAGCAAUGCAGGAAUAUAUCGCAGUAGUUAAAAAAUUAGAUCCAGGUUGGAAUCCUCAGAUACCAGAGAAGAAAGGAAAAGAAGCAAAUACUGGUUUUGGUGGCCCAGUUGUUAGUUCUCUAUAUCAUGAAGAAACCAUCAGGGAAGAAGACAAAAAUAUAUUUGACUACUGCAGGGAAAACAACAUUGACCACAUAACCAAAGCCAUCAAAUCGAAAAAUGUGGAUGUGAAUAUGAAAGAUGAAGAGGGCAGAGCUCUACUCCAUUGGGCUUGUGAUCGAGGACAUAAGGAGCUAGUCACAGUCUUGCUACAGUAUGGAGUUGACAUUAACUGUCAGGACAAUGAAGGUCAAACAGCUCUACAUUAUGCUGCUGCCUGUGAGUUUUUGGAUAUUGUGGAGCUACUGCUCCAGUCUGGUGCUGACCCCACUCUCCGAGACCAGGACGGCUGCCUGCCGGAAGAAGUGACAGGCUGCAAAGCAAUUUCUUUGGUGCUGCAGAGGCACAUGGCUGGCAAGGCUUAAUCAGAAGACUGGAAUCCCACAGUCUAUAAUAGCAAAGGGCUUCAAUGAUGAAAGAAAACUGCAAAAAUAAUACUUCUUUUACUGCCCAUCCUUGGCAUGCACUGGCUAAUAAAAUCAGUUCUGAGGAACUGGGAUUUUGAAGUCUCA